AGAGAGAGAGAUAUCCACACAAAUAUACAACAGUUGGGUCCUCGCGUCUGUACUGUCAAAUCUCUCGACCCUUUUAUACGCUUCUCUAUCUGUGUUUGUAAUUUCAGGGCCUUUCUCUCCAUUCCCACCAGACUCGGAGAUUUGAUUCCACAGCCGACCUUUCCCGUACUUCCUCGGAAAAAUUGCUUCUUUUUUUUUCCUUCCGGCAAAUAUGUUCCAGGAUUGAAGUGGUGUUAGAUGAACAAAGGUGUAAUUGAAAUGGAAGGUGACAUGUUUUCUGAUAUUGGUCAUGGUAUCCAAGUAGACGGCAAAGUAUUACAGACAUUUCAGCAGAGCUUUGGGCAAGUACAAAACCUUUUGGACCAGAACAGGUUGCUAAUCCAUGAGAUUAACCAGAACCAUGAAUCUAAGAUCCCUGAUAAUUUAUCUCGAAAUCCCGGUCUAAUUAGAGAGCUUAACAACAACAUUAGGAGGGUGGUCGAUAUAUAUGCAGACCUAUCAACCUCGUUCGCCAAUUCUGUUGAAGCUUCGUCUGAAGUGGAAUCAGCUGGGACUACAAAAUCAGACGGAAGAGGCGGCCAAAAGAGGAUUAGAUCUGGGUAACUAAUGAAACUAGUUUUAAUGAUCUAUGAGCCUUUUGUUGUUGACAAAGAGCAUUUCCUGGUUAGACGUUUCUAGUUUUAGUUUCUGAGGUUUGCCUUUAAUUACGCCUUUAAUCUCCAUAUUUUGCUACAGAAAUACAGUUCAAUAUAGCUACCACCAUUGUAAUUCUCUUCAAACUGUUUAUCUCAAUGAAAUCGAGCAUGUCUUUGUUGACCA